AUGUCGACCGAGGCAGGAAUUGCAUCUGUCACAAAGCCAGUCGAGCCAUCAAAUGAUGAUGCGAAUACCAACCCCGCAUCACCUCCCGUGGCCGAUGGUGUCAAAGCAGCGGACGUCACAACCAACACUGCGCCCGUAAAUGAUAUUCCACCGUCCGUGGAGACCUGUCGCAAAGUGGAAGACUAUCCGGUUUUUGACAACAAAGGCAACCAGCAUUCUUUUAAAAGUAUUUACGAUGGACCCGACUCUCCUCGUCGAGUGCUGGUGAUCUUCAUCCGGCACUUUUUCUGUGGGCCAACUCAAAAGAGCUGCCAAGAAUAUGUCCGCGCUCUAUCCGAGUCCUUCAAGCCGGCCGAUCUACUGCAGCUACCCGUCCCGACGUCCUUUGCCUUCAUCGGCUGUGGCGACCCGGGCCUGAUCGACUUCUACGCGAAAGAAACAGGCUGCGAGUUUCCGAUUUUCGCGGAUCCCACGACUAAGCUCUUUGAUGACCUGCAAAUGAUCUCGACGCUAGCCCUGGGCCCGCGCCCGGAGUACUUCCAGAAGAGCAUGGUACGCAUCGUCGCCGAGUCGGCCUACCAGGCCGCAAGGAACUUGACGACUGGACUCGUGACCAAAGCAGGAGAUCAUCGGCAGGUUGGUGGUGAUUUCUUGUUCGAAGCAAGCGAAGAGGGGGGCUCGAAGGUGGUAACUUGGUGUCAUCGAAUGACUACGACGCGGGAUCAUACUUCGCCCCAAGAGUUGGCACAGAUCCUUGAUAAGGAUGGUCAAAUCCUUCUACCUAAGAAUAAUUGA